GUCAUGCGCCGUAGGACGUACUAAGGCUGGGCUUGGGUCGGGAGUCGGAGCCAUUACUGCCGGAAAAGGUCCCGCAGGAGCUUAGCAGCCAAGAUGUGUGACUUCACCGAGGACCAGACCGCAGAAUUCAAGGAGGCUUUCCAGCUGUUUGACCGAACAGGCGAUGGCAAGAUCCUGUACAGCCAGUGCGGGGAUGUGAUGCGGGCCCUGGGCCAGAACCCUACCAACGCCGAGGUGCUCAAGGUCCUGGGGAACCCCAAGAGCGAUGAGAUGAACGUGAAGGUGCUGGACUUUGAGCACUUCCUGCCCAUGCUGCAGACCGUGGCCAAGAACAAAGACCAGGGAACCUACGAGGAUUAUGUUGAAGGCCUUCGUGUGUUUGACAAGGAAGGGAAUGGCACUGUCAUGGGUGCUGAGAUCCGUCAUGUCCUGGUCACGCUGGGCGAGAAGAUGACAGAGGAAGAGGUAGAGAUGCUAGUGGCAGGGCACGAGGACAGCAACGGGUGCAUCAACUAUGAAGCAUUUGUGAGGCAUAUCCUGUCGGGGUGACGGGCCCAGGGGCGGAGCUUGUCCGGAUGGUGCUGAAUGGCUGAGGACAGCUCUGUACCCUCGCCCAUUCCUCGCCCAGUGUGAGAUUUCUGUGUGGCCACAGAGGCUCCGUAUCACAGCACCUCACCCAUCUGGUUUCUUUUGGAUGAUGUUUGCCUUCACCAAAUAAAAUUUGCUCUCUUUGCUCUC